AUGGUCGCUUAUCAGCUGCCGGAGCCCAUCGCUGUUGUGGGUAGCGGUUGUCGAUUCCCUGGGAGUUCGCGUUCCCCAUCCUCGCUAUGGAAGCUCCUGGAGAGGCCUAGAGAUGUAUCAAGGGAGAUACCGGAGGACAGAUUUGAAUUGAAAGGUUACUAUCAUCCUAAGGGCUCGCACCAUGGAACUACAAACGUGGUACGCGCGUACAUGUUCGACGAGGAUCCUCGUGUGUUCGACGCGAACUUUUUCAACAUCAGCGCCAAUGAAGCAGACUCGAUUGAUCCACAGCAGCGACUGCUGAUGGAGGUGGUGUAUGAGGCUCUCGAAGCCGGUGGUCACCCUAUUGAGAUGCUUCGUGGAUCAGAUACGGCAGUCUAUGUCGGUACCAUGUCGGUUGACUACAACGAUAUUGUUUUGCGUGAUAUUGAAAGCGCACCCACGUACUUUGCUACCGGAUCCUCUCGCGCUAUUCUGUCUAAUCGAAUAUCAUACUUCUUUGACUGGCAUGGACCCUCAAUGACUAUCGACACUGCCUGUUCCUCUAGUAUGGUGGCUUUGCAUCAGGGUGUCCAUUCCCUACGCAGUGGUGAAUCGCGUGUGGCAGUUGCCGGUGGCACAGGGUUGCUUCUUGGACCAGAGCAAUUCGUGGGUGAAAGCAAAAUGAAUCUGUUGUCGCCUGAUGGCCGUUCCCGCAUGUGGGAUGCCAAUGCAAACGGCUAUGCGCGAGGAGACGGCAUCGCAGCAAUUGUAUUGAAGAAAUUGAGCGAUGCGAUUGCUGAUGGUGACCGCAUUGAAUGUCUCAUUCGUGAAACCGGUGUCAACCAGGACGGAAAAUCCACAGGGUUGACCGUCCCCAGCCCUGAAGCACAGGCAGCACUUAUCAGGGAGACAUAUGCCAGAGCCGGCCUGGACAUAUCCAAUCCCGUGGAUUGGCCCCAGUUUUUCGAAGCCCAUGGCACUGGUACCAAGGCGGGUGAUCCUCGAGAGGCGUCAGCUAUUUAUCAGUGCUUCGGGCAUGAGCAAAACAACGGGAAUCCCCUGUACGUUGGCUCGAUCAAGACUAUCAUUGGCCACACGGAGGGCACGGCCGGUUUGGCUGGUGUCAUCAAGGCGUCUUUGGCAAUCCAGAAUGGCGUAAUCCCGCCCAACAUGCUUCUUGAGCGCUUGAAUCCUGAUAUUGAACCCUACUAUGACCAUUUGCGCGUUCCAACUAGUGCGUUGCCAUGGCCAAAACUGCCUAAAGGAGUACCACGACGAGCGAGUGUGAACAGCUUCGGUUUUGGAGGCACAAAUGGGCACGCAAUUGUGGAGAGCUACGAGCCGUCUGUGGCUAUACCUCUAUCCAAAUCUCAGGACGCGAAAACCGUACCGUUCACUCCCUUUACUUUCUCUGCAGUGACAGAAGAGUCUCUUGUUGCACUUAUGGAAAGUUACUCUAAGUUUCUGAAGGAAAAUGACACAACCAAUCUCUGCGACUUGGCUUGGACCCUCCAAUACCGCAGGUCUGCACUCGCAUCGAAGGCUUCUUUUUCGGCAUCUACUGUCGAAGGACUGAUCUCCAAGAUCGAUGCAAAGCUCUCGCAUAUCAAGGAGACACCAGGUACCACUAUUGGUGUUCGGUCAAAUCCUGCUAAGCCCAAGAUCCUUGGAGUCUUUACCGGUCAGGGGGCCCAGUGGGCAUCUAUGGGCGCCCAUCUGAUCCGUUCUUCAGAGGCUGCUCGUGAAAAGCUUGAACAACUCGAUCACUCUCUGGCCACUUUGCCAGAGGCAGAUCGUCCGUCGUGGCGCAUUGCAGCAGAACUUUCUGCAGCCAAAGACGCUUCACGUCUGUCCGAGGCCGCCUUAUCACAGCCACUGUGUACGGCCAUCCAAAUUGUCCUCGUCGACCUGUUGCGUAGUGCGGGUAUUACUUUUUCAGCAGUUGUAGGUCACUCCUCUGGAGAAAUAGCAGCUUCAUAUGCGGCGGGCUUCAUCUCCGCACAUGAUGCCAUUCGCAUUGCCUACUACAGAGGUGUGCAUGCCAAACUCGCAGGAGGAAAGCAGGGCCAGAAAGGCGCCAUGCUUGCUGUGGGGACGUCAUGGGAGGACGCCGAGGAACUAAUCAAUCUCCCAGUUUUCAAGGGCCGAGUAAAAAUUGCUGCCCACAAUUCCGACGCCAGUCUUACUCUUUCAGGUGAUGCCGACAAGCUUGCACAUGCCAAACUAGUGUUUGAUGAGGAGAAGAAGUUUGCCCGAAUGCUUCAUGUAGACACUGCGUAUCACUCCCACCAUAUGCUUCCCUGCAGCAAUGCAUAUAUGUCUUCUUUGAAAGUUUGUGGUAUCGAAGUAAACCGCGAACGCCACAAUUCUUCUUCUUCUUGCUCCUGGUACUCGAGUGUCAAGUCAGGUCAACUUAUGGAUGCCGUCGACGAGCUUCGUGAUUCAUACUGGAGGGACAACAUGGUGAACACGGUCUUAUUCGCCGAUGCCGUUAAGAGUGCUGCUGCAGAUGAGAGUCUGAACAUGGUCAUCGAGGUCGGCCCUCAUCCGGCCCUUAAGGGACCAGCCCAACAAACAAUGUCGGACCUCCGAUCACCCCUUCCAUACACUGGCGUCUUGAGCCGAGGCUCUAACGACGUAGAAGCCUUCGCUGAUGCACUGGGCUUCGUAUGGACCUACCUUGGAGCAGGUGCGGUCGAAUUCCAGACAUACGAUCGACUUGUAGCGCCUGGCCCGUCUCCCAAGCUCGCAACCGGCCUUCCAUCCUACAACUGGAACCACAAGAGGGUCCAUUGGCACGAAUCACGUCUCGCCAAAAAGACACGAUUGAGGGGUGCUCCUUUCCAUGAGCUGUUAGGCGUGCCCUCAGCAAAUAGCACAUCAGGCGAUCUGCGAUGGAGGAACUUCCUCAAAUCAGAUGAGAUUGCCUGGCUGGAUGGACAUCAGCUGCAAGGCCAAACCGUCUUCCCUGCAGCGGGAUAUGUGGCUAUGGCUUUGGAAGCCAGCAAGAAACUCGCUGGUGAUAAGAGUGUCCAGGUGAUUGAAGUCCGUGAUCUGGUUAUUGGCAAGGCCAUCACCUUCGAUGAUGGCGCAAAGUUUGCCGCUGAGACUCUAGUCACUCUGACAGGUAUCACGUCGAGCACAAGGUCUAAAAUAGCGGACUUCUCCGUGUAUUCGUGCCCAAACACAGGAUCGAUGGAUAUGGAGCUCGUAUCAAAAGGCAAAGUUGUCAUAAUUCUCGGUGCUCCUUCGUUUGACACUCUUUCUUCGACGCCACUGGAUACCUCUACCAUGACCGAUAUCGAAAGCGACACUUUCUAUUCGGCGCUUGAUGAACUCGGAUAUGGAUAUAAUGGCCCCUUCAGAACUCUGUCUAACACGAAGAGGAAACUGGGCGUGGCCUCGGCUUUUGCGUCCACUUACACCUACGGUGAUGAAGAUGAGCCGUUGAUAGUACACCCUACCAUGCUAGAUGUCGCCUUCCAAGCAACAUUCCUCGCAGCCUCUGCUCCUGGUGAUGAUCAGCUAUGGUCACUGCACGUCCCUACAUCGAUCAAAUGUAUACGAGUAAACCCUGAGCUCUGCGCUUCGUUGCCGAUAUCAUCAGUUGAUCUACCACUAUCAGUUGUCUUGCAUGAGCCCGAGUCUAUAUCCGUGCGUAGUAGCAUCGACAUUUUCAGCCAAGAUGGCCAACAGACACUUCUCCAAGUUGAAGACUUAGUUCUGAAGCCAUUCUCGCCAGCUACUGCUGCCGAUGACCGUCACUUGUAUUCCAUGACGCGAUAUGAUGUAGCUUCGCCAAACGCCAACAUUAUCACUGGCAACGAACACCCGACGGCGGAAGAUUUCGACAUCGCUAGUCUUUGCGAGAGGUUGGCAUACUUUUAUCUGAGAAAAUGGAAAUCGGAAAUUCCACCCGAGCAAUGGGAGAGUGACAGAAAGCAUGUCCAAGCUUUGCGAGACUUGUUAAGCCAGCUAAUAUCCACAAUCCAUAGCGGGCGACAUCCCACAGUUAAGAAGGAAUGGAACAAUGACGACGUUGAGAAGAUCGCUUCUUUAAUAAACCUCUAUCCGGAUAAUAUCGACCUCAAGAUGAUCUCUAUCGUUGGAGAGGCCAUCCCCGCGGUGGUGCGCGGCGAAUACAGCAUUCUGGACUGCAUGCAGAAGGACAACAUGCUCGACAAUCUCUACAGAAACGGCCAAGGCUUCGCUCAAUAUAACUCAUUCCUAGCUCGGACUAUGAAGCAGGUCGCGCAUCGGUAUCCGCAGGUUAACAUCUUAGAAAUAGGUGGUCGAACUGGUCAUGCAACUACAUCAAUAUUGGAACAUCUAGGAUACACGUUCGCCUCGUACACUUUCACAGAUGUCUCGACAGAAGCGAUACAAAAGGCCGCGGAAUUAUUCAAGGCCCAGAGUCAGAAAGUAUCCUACAAGGUCUUCGAUAGCGACAAGACUCCGGCAUCACAGGAAUUCAAGGAAUACUCAUACGAUGUAGUCAUUGUAUCUAACAUUCUUCAUUCCACAUCAACACCUAACAAAACCCUGGAGAAUGUUCGCCGCCUUCUGAAACCAGGCGGUUAUCUGUUGAUGUCCGGAAUUACUGACACUUCAUCUUUGAGGAGUCAGGUUAUUAUGGGUGGUCUAUCAGACUGGCGAAUCAACAUCGACGAAGACCGCAAAAAGGCUGCCUCAAGGACAGCGAUUUGGCAUAAUGCUCUUCGUAAAACCGGAUUCUCGGGGGUUGAUAGCAACACCACGGAGGUCGGCGGUUUGGCCUGGCCGCAUUCUGUCAUUACUACACAGGCUGUCAAUGACCGAGUCUCCCUUUUGAGGAGCCCAAUGUCGAACUCUCAGCCACUCAAGCUGGAGGAGCUUGUAAUUCUGGGCAAUGGGUCACUUAAGAGCUCUCGUCUUGCGGAGGAGAUCGCCGAACAGGCUAGGAAAUUCUACGAAAAGAUCACUAUACUGGAAAGUCUACCAACUGAUGACGACCAAAUCUCCCCUAUGACUACAUUUAUUAACCUCGCCGAUCUUGAUGAGCCUAUUUUCAAGGAUUUGACUGAAGAGAAGCUGGAAGGGCUAAAGUGCCUCUUUGAGCUCUCAAACAACGUCAUCUGGGUGACCGAGGGCGCUCGCUCAGAUGAGCCAUACCACACUGCAAGCUUGGGAUUUGGCCGUUCAAUUGGUUAUGAGAUGCAGCACUUGUUUCUCCAAUUCAUUGAUCUGGACACAGUUGACUAUGCUACUCCUCGUUUGAUUAUCGAGGCUGUCCUGCGCCUUGCUGCUAUGGAUAAAUGGGACUCUAAAGGCACAUUGCAUGACGAGCUUCUGUGGACAAAGGAGCCGGAGUUCUACGUAGAAGCUGGGCAAGUCUUGGUACCUCGUAUUGUGCACAAUGAAGAGCUCAAUGGCAGAAUCAACUCACUGAGGCGUAACGUCACCAAGUCUGUGAACCCGCAGAGCUCUACGGUAUACGUUUCCCGGGCUGCAGAUACAUCCAUUGUUUUACGAGAAGAAUUGAUCACUGCGUCUGUUGCACACGGAAACGACUCUAUCCAACUCAGCCAUUCCGUCCUGUCCUCGCUCAAUGUUGCGCCGGACACAUUCCUAUUCCUUGGGUUGGGCACCAAGCAGUCAACUAAUGAAACUGUUAUCGCUCUUUCCGACAUCGUCGCCUCGAAGAUUAGCAGUGCAACAAGCUUAACGGUCAAUAUCCCUCCCAACCAGGCAUCUUCAUUCCUCGCUGCCGUCGCCAGUGAGCUCCUCGCGUCAUCACUGGUUACCAAAUUGUCUGCAGACUCCCAUAUCCUCGUGAAUGAGCCCGGUCGAGACGAGUUCUUUUCGUCAGCGUUGUUGAGACAAGCAGCGGCCAAAAAUAUUCGCGUGACCUUCAGCACUAGCAAGUCUCAUACCAAAGAUACAGCAUGGAUCAGAUUGACUCCCUGGACAUCAAAACACAUCCUGCAGAAGUGGAUUCCAAGCGAUAUCACCCACUUCUUGGAUCUUGCAGCGGACAAUGAUAGCAAGGAUGCUGCCCUCCAGAUUAGAGACUGCCUGCCUUAUACAUGCAGACAAAUGAACGUCGCUGAAUUGAUCCGUCACCAAGCCCUCAUUCCGAGAAGCAACAACAGCGACUCCAUCAAGGCCCUAGAAGAAGCAGUGAAUCGUGCAAAGAAGUCUGCAUCUGACAAGAUUCCCGAGGCGAUCGUCUCUGCAAUGAACCUCUCAGACGCGUCUAUCCCUGUUCUCCCGCUGAAUGUUAUCGACUGGACGUCAGACAACGCUCUCACGGUACAGGUGCAGCCUCUUAACGCGAGCCGCAUGUUCUCACGGGACAAGACAUAUCUUCUAGCCGGCCUUUCUGGAGACUUGGGUCUAUCUAUUUGUGAAUGGAUGGCCAAGAAUGGAGCAGGUUAUGUAUGCUUGACGAGUCGUCGACCCAAAUCCGACGAGAAGUGGGUGGCUGCGAUGAAGAAAUAUGGCACAACUGUGAAAUUCUACGCAAUGGAUAUCACAAAACAAUCAGAUUUGGAAAGAGUUGUAGAAGAAAUCCGUGAAACUUGCCCCCCUAUUGCUGGAGUCGCUAACGGUGCGGCGGUGUUCCAUGACGGACCUUUCUCAGAAAUGUCCCUAGAGGUAAUGGAGAAGGUCACCAAGCCUAAAGUCGACGGCACAAAUCACCUCGAUGCUAUCUUCAAUGACAAAGAUCUGGAAUGGUUCAUCGUGUUCUCAUCGAUCGCGUCCGUGAAUGGAAACAGUGGGCAAUCCAACUACAGCGCAGCGAAUGCCUACAUGACCGGUCUUGUGAGCCAGCGCAGGAAGCGUGGCCUGGCCGGUACUUCUAUUGACAUUGGUCGAGUUGCUGGUAUCGGAUAUGUCGAACGCGCAGGUCCCAAGGCGAAAGAGCAGUUGAUCCGUUUCGGUUGUAUGGCAGUCUCUGAGAGCGAUCUCCAUCAUCUGCUCGCAGAGGCUAUCCAUGCUGGUUCUCCAGGGUCGAAUGCUGCUCCGGUGAUCACUACAGGUUGCCGCACAGUUGAUUACGAUGAAGAGCCUAGAGUGACGUGGUUCAACAAUCCUCGCUUCUCACACAAGAUUGUAAUCAGUGAGAGCUCUAGCGGAUCCAGAGAUGGCAGCAAGAAGAGCGCGCUUCCUGUUCGUGAACAGCUUGCGUCCGCAACGACCAAGGAGGAGGCAUUGGAGAUUAUGAAAGAUUGUUUCGCCGCCAAGUUGGCCAUGAUUUCGCAGUCUGACGGUGAAGUUGGCCACGACAUUCCCCUGGUCGAGCUCGGAAUCGACUCUUUGGUCGCGGUCGAAGUGCGCAGCUGGUUCUUGAAGGAGCUCAAGACUGAUAUGCCCGUCCUGAAGGUUCUUGGAGGUGGCUCUGUCGCUGACCUGUGUGAGCAAGCAUUGGAGAAGAUGCCAGAAGAUCUGCUUCCUAGCCUGGGCAAAGGGCAGCCUGUAGAAGCCAAGGCAGCAGAGCCCAGUACUGCACACAAGCCAACUGCGCCACAAAGUAAAAGCUCUACCUCUAUUUCCACAGGAUCAUCGUCAGGCACCCGCUCCCCAAUGGAUACGCCGGCAUCACAACUUUCGGAGUCUCCGCUAGACCUGGCCGACGAUUUGAACAAAAGACUUACUUCGCAGCGAGUUGAGGCCCAAGCACACCCGAGUUAUACUAAAAGUGAGCUUGUAUCUUUCGCCCAGUCUCGCUUUUGGUUCAUGAGGUUGCUGAUAGACGAUCAGACAACAUAUAACAUCGCUAUCCGUAUCCGCAUAGUCGGUAAUCUUCGAGUCGGUGACCUUGAGAGGGCCGUCCGUCUUGUCGGUGCUAGACACGAGUCCCUCCGGACCUGCUUUGUGGCAGACGAGAAGGAGGCUGACUUGGCCUACCAGAAGGUCAUGUCCACAUCUCGUUUGCGGCUUGAGAGAAAGGACAUUAGCAGCGUCGCCGAGGUUGAAGCCGAAUAUGAGGAUAUGAAAGUGGCCAAGUACAACAUCGAAACCGGCGACAUGAUGCGUCUCGUUCUCCUGACGCUGUCCCCAACCGAGCAUUUUCUUAUAGUUGGCUAUCAUCAUAUUCUAAUGGACGGUGUCAGUUUUCAGGUCUUCCUGUCUGAUCUGGAGAAGGCUUACCAGCGGCAAUCCCUUGGUACUCCCCCAUGUCAGCUCCCCGAGUUUUCGCGUAGCCAGCGUGCCGGAUUCGAAAACGGUGAGAUGGCUCAGGACAUUCAAUACUGGCAGAGGGAAUUCAAGAGCGGCUAUCCUGUCCUACCACUACUGCCGAUGGCCAAGGUCACCUCAAGAGCCCCGGUCAAGGUCUUUGACUUCAACCAGGUUGUAUACAGGCCUGCUCCCGAGCUGUCAGAGCGUAUCAGAGAAAUUUCCAAAGCGCUUCGUUCAACCACGUUCCACUUCUACCUCGCCACCUUCAAAGCGAUGCUUUUCCGCUUUACUCACGCAGAGGAACUUACCAUCGGCAUCGCUGAUGCUAAUCGAACUAGCAGCGAUGUCAUGGGAACCAUUGGGAUGUUGCUCAACCUGCUGAGCUUGCGUUUUAAGAAUAUCCCGCAUCAGAAAUUCCAGGACUCGGUUACAGAGGCUCGAAGCAAAGCGUACGAGGCGUUGAAUCACUCCAAAGUACCUUUCGACGUCCUUCUCAACGAGCUCAAUGUCCCCCGGUCUUCAUCAUACAGCCCCUUCUUCCAGGCCUUCUUUGACUACCGUCAAGGCCAGCAAGAGACCCGUUCGUUUGGCAAUACGGAAUUUGAAUUCCUUGAUCUACACCCAGGCCGCACCGCAUACGAUAUCACGCUUGAUGUCACGGAAAGCUCAGAUAAAGUUGGAAUGUUGUUCCGGACCCAGUCCAGCCUUUACGAUAUGACAGCUACACAAUUAUUGAUUGAUAGUUAUGCUCAGCUCCUCGAAGCGUUUGCAGGCAACACAUCGUUGGAAAUUCUGGAACCUAUGUUGUUCAGUGACAAGACGCUUGAACACGCUCUCGAAGUUGGUCGUGGGCCACACCUGGAGUCCGCUUGGCCGGAAACACUUCCCCUUCGCAUUGACCAAGUUGCAGAGGCCAACAAGGACAGGGUCGCACUCAUGGAUGAUCAUGGCCGAGUACUAACUUACGAAGCCAUGACUGACCGCAUUGAGGCCAUCGCUGAAGUUCUACAAGACAGUGGCAUUGGUGAGAAUUCUCGCGUUCUUGUAUUUGAAGAUGCAACAGUCGACUGGUUCUGCUCCAUGCUCGCGAUUAUGCGCAUUGGAGCAGUUUAUAUCCCGCUGGACCUUCGUAAUCCGAUCUCUCGAUUGGCGGAUGUUGCUGAGAGCUGCCAACCGGCGGCCAUCCUUGUCGACACUACCACUGUCCGUGAUGCGCCUCAGUUGAAUACUGUAAACGCCAAAAUCAUCAACGUACCCACUGUUGGCUCCAAACCCUCUGUGCGCGUACCCAACAUAUCGAAGGCGAGCGGUAUAGCUGCCAUUCUAUUCACUAGUGGAUCGACUGGCAAACCCAAGGGAAUUGUUGUAAAACACUCCGGACUGCGAAACGAGAUCGAAGGCUACACAAUGCGAUGGGGACUUAAGGCGGAACGAGUUCUUCAACAGAGCGCUUUUACAUUUAAUCACGCUUCUGAUCAGGUCUAUACCGGCUUGGUUAAUGGAGGGUCUGUGUACAUUGUCCCAUGGAGCAAGCGUGGAGAUCCAAUUGAGAUUACCAAAAUCAUUCGUGAACAAGGUAUCACGUAUACCAAGGCGACUCCUGCGGAGUAUUCUUUGUGGUUGGACUACGGGAAUUCCAACCUGAAGAUGGCUUCAGCUUGGCGAUUCGCUUUUGGCGGUGGUGAGACACUUACCAGCGUACUUUUAGAGAAGAUCGCCAUGCUAGAAUUGCCCAACCUCCGUUUCUUUAACUCAUACGGUCCGACUGAGAUCUCAAUCUCUUCGACCAAGAUGGAGCUCGAUUACCGUAAAGGUCUUCCCGAAGGCCGAAUUCCGUGCGGAUACUCUUUGCCCAACUAUGCAGCAUACAUAUUGGACGAGCAGCUGAAGCCAGUGCCCGUGGGGAUGCCCGGUGAACUCUGGAUUGGGGGAGCUGGCGUUUCCCUUGGUUAUCUGAACAACAGGGAGCUUACGGAUCACCAUUUCGUACAUAAUCCUUAUGCAACACCAGAGUAUCUAGCUCAGGGAUGGACUACAAUGUAUCGGACAGGCGAUAUCGCCCAUUUACAGGAAGACGGGGCCAUGGUAUUCCAUAGCCGUGUUGCAGGUGAUUCACAAGUCAAAAUUCGCGGCCUACGCAUUGAGCUGAGUGACAUUGAAAUGAAUAUCCUCAAGGCUGCUAAUGGGGCCCUGAGAGAAGCAAUAGUCACGCUCCGCGACGGCGACCCAGCCUUGCUAGUUGCGCAUGUGGUGUUUGCUCCUCAGCAUACAGUAGCUGACAUCGGAAUUUUCCUACAGCAUCUCUUGGACACUCUUGAGCUACCGCAGUAUAUGAUUCCUGCAAUGGCGAUCCCCCUUGACAAAAUGCCCCUCAGCAAUCAUUCUAAAGUGGACCGAGAAGCUCUUAAGAAGCUGCCUCUUCCUAAGCACAAUACUCGGAAAACAAAUUCGAACAGUGAGGAGAUAUUGACCGAGACAAUGGUUCAACUGAGGCGGUUGUGGGAGGAUGUGUUGGGUGCUAAAGAACACGGGCUCGACAUCACUGCUUCGACCAGCUUCUUCUCCAUUGGUGGCAACUCAUUGCUCAUUGUGAGAUUACAGUCUCGCAUCCGGGCCUUUUUCAACGUAACAUUGAGACUUGUUGACCUUCUUGGGGCCAACAAGCUUAGUGAAAUGGCGCAGCUAAUCGAAGACAGCAGUAAUGUCAGUCUCAUCGAUUGGCAGGAUGAAGUCACUCUACCAGAAACUGGGCCAUUCUCAGACGCCGUCACAAGCAAGCCGAUCAAGACGACUGACAAGGUAGUCCUCGUAACAGGCGCAGGCGGAUUCCUAGGGAAACACAUCCUGACGCAGCUCGUCGCAGAUCCAAACGUCAGCAAGAUACACUGCAUUGGUUUGCGUGAUAAGCCCGCCGGAGAGCCGCGCAAGCUAGCUGUCUCGUCUCCAAAGAUCAUCACGCAUUCAGGGGAUCUAUCUGAGCCCUGGCUUGGCCUUUCAGAGUCGCAUUUCUUGACGCUCUCUGCAGAUGUGGAUAGUAUUCUGCAUAUGGCCGCAGUGCGCUCAUUCUGGGACAACUAUAACCUGCUACGUCCAGUAAAUGUUACACCAACAAAACAGUUGAUCAAGAUGGCUGCUGCCCGCCGUAUCCCUAUUCAUUACGUCUCUACCGCUGGCGUCGUACCUGGACAAAGUGCUGGCAGCAUCGCAGAGUCAGUUGUCCAGUUCCCUCCACCCGCAGAUGGGUCGCAGGGUUAUAUUUCCAGUCGGUGGGUCAGUGAACAAGUCCUUGAAAAGGCUGCGUUGGUUCUAAAAGUGCCAACAUCGAUCCAUCGAUUUGUCCCGUCCAAGACGCCAUCUGCUGAGGCGGCCGCACACGCACUAGAGGAGUUUUUGGUCUUUAUUGAUAAAAUGUCCCUAAUGCCAGAGCUGACUGGAUUGACCGGGCGAUUCGACAUGACUGCGGUAGGCAAAGCUUCCGGCAGUCUGACCGAGAGAAUUGCUGAAGAGUCAGCUCAGAAGCCUGGAGCCGCAAGCUUUUUCCAUCACGAGUGCGAGAUUCGCAUUGACAUUCCGGAGCUGAAAGCAUUUGUAGAAGAACGGAGAGGGAACCGGAAUUUCAGCACGAUGCCGGGACUGAAGUUUAUUGGCCGGAUGAAGGAGCUUGGACUUCAAUACUUUGUGGCUUCGCAAGACCUUCUGAUGGGAAGUCAGACGCAGGGCAGUGAGCUUUUGGAGUCCAGGAGGUGA